UUGCCGUUAGGCAGUAGAAAACAACAUGUUGAGUGCGUGUUCAUGUAGUUCGAGUGGGUUGCAGUCGCAGGUAGUUAACAUGCAACCUUCCAAGUGCACGCGAGGGAAGGUCUUGCUGCAUAUUACAGUAUCUGAAACUUAAUCUGCCAUUGGAUAUACUAUGACCGCCUGAACUCUGAUAACAAUGACAUAUAGACUUAAGGUCAAUGACGUCAAGCUUACCAGAGCCGAACAAAGCUGCAGGAAUGAGCACUUCUACAGCACCCAAAAGUGCCAAGGUUGUAGUGGUAGGUUCAGGCUUUGCAGGUUUGGCUGCUGCGGCAACGUUGGUCAAAGCAGGAUUUCAAAAUGUCCUGGUUGUUGAGGCAAAGGAAAGAAUUGGAGGGCGAGUCUACACCACUAAACCGUUCACUGAGAAUAUAAUUGAAGUUGGGGCUAAUUGGAUUCACGGACAGAAAGGAAACCCCCUUUUCCAGCUUGCAAAAGAACAGAACCUGCUCUCGGAGGGACCAUCAGCAAGCAAGAUCAUGUGCCUGCCCCAUUCGGUAACUCCUCGAGAUUACUUUUUCAAGGAAGAUGGAAAGCAGGUCUCCACAACGGUUGUAGAUCCAGUGUGUUCGCACUUCAGCAAGCUCACCGCCAAAGCUUUUGAUGAUGCUCUUGAACGCAGGCACAGAGAGCUAACUCUGGGAGGUUAUCUGGAUGAUGCAUUUGGUGAGUCACCUUUAGCAGCGGGAAAGGAUGGCCAAAAAGUUUUCGAAUGGUGCAAGAGAACGGAAUGCACAGAUGAAGCCUGCUCUUCUCUCUAUGAGGUGUCUGCCUCGCAGAUUAGUUAUUACACUGCGUUAGAGGGAGGUUUCUUUAACACUUUGGGACCGGGUGGCUAUCAGGCAAUCUUAGAUGUUCUCCUAAAAGAUCUUCCUGCAGGAACUGUCAAGUGUAGUGCACCGGUGAACAGCAUCCAGUGGGAUUUGGUUAAAAAAGGGAAGCAUGGAGGGCAGAAGUAUCCUGUUCGGAUCAUCUGUGAAAAUGGAGAGAGCUAUGAAGCAGACCAUGUGAUUGUCACAGUGUCUUUGGGGGUCCUCAAAGACAAAGCAACAUCCAUGUUUAAGCCAUCCUUACCAAAAUCCAAGCUGACUGCAAUUGAGAAUCUCGGCUUUGGGAUAGUGGACAAAAUCUUCCUGUAUUUCGAGGAAAGGUUUUGGCCAGAAGACUGUGCUGGGGUUCAACUUGUGUGGGAUGAGGGCCCUGAAGAUAAAAACGUUUAUCAGUCUCUGCUAGAAGGAGAAUCCUGGAAGAAGACUUGGUUCAAGAAAAUCACCGGGUUUGAUACGGUGGCACGUCACCCAACAGCUCUGUGUGGCUGGAUCACUGGUAGAGAAGCAUUAUACAUGGAGACGCUUCAGGACAGUGAAGUUGGAGCUAUCUGUGUGAGGUUGCUAAGAUCUUUCACAGGCUGGUCAAUACCAGAAGUCUCAAAGACACUAAUCUCCAGAUGGGGUUGUGAUUCCCACGUCAGUGGCUCCUAUACAUUUAUUCCUCAUGGUGUUAAUGGAGUGAAAGCACACAAGGCAUUGGCGUCACCUCUUCCUCCUAAAGCUAAAAGCAGAGGGAGGAAGCAUCUACAGGUGUUGUUUGCUGGUGAAGCUACACAUGUGAACUUCUACACCACAACCCAUGGAGCUUACCUCACAGGGGUCAGAGAAGGGCAAAGACUCAUAAGCCAUUACUCUGGUUGAACAGUACAAUCCUAGAGAGGAGAAUAUACACUUUGGUUUCAUGAAGAUAACAUUUUAUGAGUGUAUACCAUUUUAUAGACUUGCUCUCACACCCUAGACUUACACAAGUUUUUAAAUGAUCCACGGGAAGUUUAUAGCUGCCUGUAAAUCUGCAUAAAUAUAAGCGUUUACAUUCAACUGUACAAUGCAUAUUUCUAUCCUGUUCAUUGUUAAACAACCUCAGCUACAUGAUGUACAUGCAGUUUUGAUGAAGAAAUAUUCUUUCUGAGUCUCUAAAGCAAUGUUGAAUAAUAUUCUCAUUCUUUAAAUAAAUGAUAAAAAGUGUAAA